UGUGAUUGGCUAAUGAGAACUAAAGAGUAUGAUUUUUCCGUGAAAUAUAAUCGAAAAUCAAAAAGAAAGAAAAUGUCAAUGCGCUUUUUAAAAAAUUGUUUGCUUAUAUUGAUGUUUCUAUUUGUCAUUCAUUUUUGGGUGAAGACAAAAUCAUAUAUUUUUGACAGGGAGAGCAUUGUUAGAAUAGGAAAAAAGUAUGCAGGUCAAGACCCACAGCAAGCAUUUCAGAAAAUCACCAACCACCUACAAGAACGCUACCCAGGACAUAUACAACAGAAACGUACCAGGGAAUGGGCCAUGUAUAAAUGCUCUGGACAGACUCUAUCCAUUUCCAUUCUACAUGUAUCUCUGACAGAAUAUAUAGUACUGACUGGAUCUGCAAUAAACACAGAUGGCUAUCUAGGUCGCCAUUGGUUAAACAGUACAUUUGUAGUUUUAUCAGGGUCUUUGAAGUACUGGAAGGAAGGUACAAUAGAAGCUAUUGAAUACAACACUGGAGAUCAUUUCACUGUCCCACUGAGUGAAAGUACAGGCUUUGUGGCAUUGAAGGAAAAUACAUGGGUAUUUGAAUAUGGACGUGGAUUCUUACCAAUGAGUUUGCCAUCACUUAUUGGAGAUGGAUUAUUUACUUCAUUUGAUGUAAUUGGAACAUUCAAAAUACUCAGACUAUUUGCUGUGGCGUACUUUCAUGAACUGAAGAGUGAGAUAGCUGCAUUUAUUGCCAGCAUAUGAUGAGCAGUGGUAUUGUAGCCAA